AUGGAUAGGCGAGACGACAUGGCAACGAAACCCAUGAUGAAGUUCUCGAGCUGCCGUGGCGUCGCCUUCGAGCUCAAGCCGUCGCCGCCGAGCCCCUUCGCCGUCGAUGUCUGCCCUGCCGAGCCGCCACCGGCGCCUGCCCCGAGCACCGCCGGCAGGUGGAUCUGGCUGCCUCUGUCGUCGAGCCGUUACUCCUCGUUCUCUAGGAAUGUCAUUCCGGCGGCGAGCGAUGGAGGCUUUGGACGGUCGCGGAGCCGUGCCAGUAGCCACUUCUGCGACCUCGACGUCGUCGGCGACGAUGAGGAGGAUGGCGUGUCCGUCCUUGACGACGGCCACGACGUCGAGAUGGGUGUCGCCGCGGCAGCUGCCGCCGAGGUGGGCGUGAAACCAGUGGUUAAGGCCGCGGCGGCGCCGGCCAGGCAAUCGAGGCUCAGCGUCAUACUGUUCGACCAGGGGCUGUUCACCGUGUACAAGCGCCUCUUCAUGCUCUGCGUCGCGCUGAACGCGGCGGCGCUCGCGGUCGCGGCGGCCGGCCAUUUCCCUUACGCCAAGAGGCACGCCGCCGUCUUCUCCAUGGGCAACAUCCUGGCCCUCACGCUGUGCCGCUCCGAGGCGGUGCUCCGCGGCGUGUUCUGGCUCGCUGUCGCGCUCCUCGGCCGGCCGUGGGUGCCGGUCGUCGCCAAGACCGGUGUCACGGCGAUCCUCCAGUCACUCGGCGGUGUCCACAGUGGCUGCGGCGUGUCCUCGGUCGCGUGGCUGGUGUACGCGCUCGUGCAGGCGCUGCGGCACCGCGACGCGAUGCCGCCGGAGAUCGUCGCCGUCGCGUCGUCCAUCCUCGGGUUGCUCGCGCUCUCCUGCAUGGCGGCGUUCCCGCUCGUGCGCCACCUCCACCACAACGUGUUUGAGCGCACGCACCGGUUCGCCGGCUGGAGCGCGCUCGCGCUGCUCUGGACGUUCGUCGUGCUCUCCGCCGGCUACGACCAGCAGUCCACGUCCUACGUCCCGCUCGCCGGCGCCGCCCUCGCGAGGCGCCAGGACCUCUGGCUCGCGGUCGCCAUCACAUUCUUCACCAUCCUCCCGUGGCUCACCGUGCGCCGCGUGCCGGUGGCGGUGACCGCGCCGUCCACCCACGCGUCGAUCCUAACCUUCCAGGGCGGCGUCAAGGCCGGCCUGCUCGGCCGCAUCAGCCGGUCGCCCCUCUCCGAGUGGCACGCCUUCGGCAUCAUCUCCGACGGGCGCAGCACCCACGCGAUGCUCGCCGGCGCCGUCGGCGACUUCACCCGAGGCCUCGUCACCGACCCGCCGAGCCACCUCUGGGUGCGCGGCGUCCGCUUCGCGGGCCUCCCAUACCUCAUCAACAUGUACCGGCGGGCGACCAUGGUGGCGACGGGCUCCGGCAUCUGCGUGUUCCUGUCGCUGCUGAUGCAGCCGACCCCCGCGGAGCUGUCGCUGGUGUGGGUGGCGAAGGGUGUCGAGGCGAACUACGGCGAGGACAUCAAGGCGGCGGUGACGGGCAGCAAGAACCUGGCCGGGCGGGUGGUGGUGCACGACACGGCGGUCAUGGGGCGGCCGGACGUGCGGGAGCUGGCCGUGGGCGCGGCACGGCGGUGGGGCGCGGAGGUGGUGGUGGUGACGAGCAACCCGGAGGGCAGCAGGGACGUGGUGAGCGGGUGCAGGAAGGCCGGCAUGCCGGCGUUUGGCCCCAUCUGGGAUUCCUGA